AUGUCUCCUGCUACCCCAGACCACAGCAAGACCCCUGAGAAGGGCGACAAGGCCAAGGUGAUCGACAAGGCCGACAAGGGUGAAAAGAACCCGACCGCCGAGAACAUCAAGGGCAAGAAAAACCCCCACGAUUUCACCAUCAACGAGUUGCUUCUCGGAACCGCGCUUCUCCUCUCCCUCAAGGGGGGUGAGAUCAUCAUCGAUCCCGAGCGGCUCGCCUUCCAUGGCGGAUACGCCAAUGCCAACUCGGCGCGAGCCAACUCGCACAAUGUCCUCCGAAAGUUCCGCGGCCUGAUGAACCCCAGCGGCGAUCCCGCGGCCGGUGAGGCUGGUGAUAAGGAUUCCGCUGGCACUGCCGCUGCCGGCGCCGCCGGUGACACCCCGGCCAAGGCUACUCCGGUUUCCACCCCCAAGCGCAAAGCCGCUGGCGCCACCCCCGGCAGCGCCAAGAAGCGCGUCAAGAAGGAGAAGGAGCCCAAGGAGAAGGAUCCCAAGGAGAAGGAGCCCAAGGAGGAGAGCCCCAGAAAGCGCAAGACCCCGGCUAAGAAGGAACCUGCCGCCAAGGUCGAGAUUGUCAUUGAGGAGGGCACUGGUGACGAGAUUUGA